UUUUUUUUUUUUCGUAAAACCUUGUAGGGUUUCUUCGCGAGCCCGAUAUAUAAAUAAUAGAAAGCGAAACCUCUAAAAGUUCUCUAGAAGGUUAGAGACGACUAAUAGUGGUGCGUAACCUCUCGUUCUUCGGGGCAGUGGCAGAAUGACGACUUUCAGGUUUCACCAGUAUCAGGUGGUGGGGAGGGGUCUCCCUUCCGAGACAGAUGAGCAUCCGAAGAUCUAUAGGAUGAAAUUAUGGGCAACAAACGAAGUUCGUGCCAAAUCGAAGUUCUGGUAUUUCUUGAGGAAGCUGAAGAAGGUCAAGAAGAGCAAUGGACAAGUCCUUGCCAUCAACGAGGUUUCUGCUAUAGGUGUUCAAUUGAUAUUAUUCUAACCUCCAAUGAACCCAAUCUGCAUUCUAUCAUUUUUCCUAGCAUUCAGAUAAUUGGCGUGCAUGCAAAUAAGUGCUUUGGUGGAUUUUGGUAGUACGGCAAUUUUGGCUGCUUCUGGAAAAUGCCAUUCAUGACAAUACUUCAAUAUUUCGUCCGAUGCAGUUCUACUGUAUGUCAGUUCUGUUGGCGUUUAAACAAGCCACAUAAAGUGACAGUAUGACUAAAUACUACUUGGGGUCCAGCUUAGGCUUUUGAUGUCUCUUGACAAAAUUGAACAAGCUUUAUUGAUUUGCAUGGUGGGAUGGAUGUGUAUGAGUAAAACUUAAAUUGGGUGUUUCUGUUUGUUGCUUUGUAUGUAAAUAUGUAAUGAGAUAUGGUGAUUUACUGAGUGAAAUUAGACUUGAUAUCUCUUACAUA